UGCUGAGAACCGCCCUGUGAAGACUCUUGCUGAGAACCCUGGGAAGACUCUUGCUGAGAACCCUGUGAAGACUCUUGUUGAGAACCCUGCAAAGACUCUUGUUGAGAACCCUGCAAAGACUCUCGUGGAGAAACCUAUGAAGACACUCGUUGAGACCCCUGUUGUGACUCUCAUUGAGACUCCGGCUGAGACAUCUCCUAAGACUCUAACUGAUGACAAGACUGCUGUUGACCCCAGAACUAUUUUGGGAAAUCAGGCUGAAGAAAGAAGUACUUCAUCAGUUGUUGCCUCUACAACUCAGCGUGAUGACUUAGAGGAAGGAGAGCUAACUGACCAUCAGACGCAAUUGGGUGCUGUCAUUGUUUCAAGAAAUGUAGAGUCUGUUGAUGAUCGAUGUCCGCCAUGGCAACAGUCUACUUCAUCAGUCGGUGAUAGACUCAGAUUUUUGUUUCAGAAUAAUGAGUUUUCAGAUUGCUCUGUUACUGCUGGUGUUGUUGGAAAGCAAAAAACAUUUGCUUGCCACAAAGUAAUACUAUCAAUGACGAGUUCGAAACUUAAAUCAAUUCUAAUGCAUAGUAAUCAUGUGAACCUGAACUUAACCCAGGAGGUUUUUGAAGUUUUACUGCAGUACAUGUAUUUAGACUCUUUUAAGCUAUCUUCUGUGGAAGCAGCUUGUGAGGUUUAUAAAGCUGCUCUUCAGUAUGAUGUUCCACAUCUACUGAAGUUAACCAGAGACUUCAUGUUAAAAAAUCUAAGCCCAGAUAAUAUUUGGACUGCUUUCGACUUAGCUGUGGAGUGUGAUGAUAGGCAGCUGAAGGCUGGGUGUAGUUCAUCCCUUGCAGAAAAUCCAUCUUCCUGGAAUUACUUAAGUGAUGUGAAAAGAACACUUCUUCUAUUUGUAUUAGAUCUGAAAACAGUAAAUAUACAGGAAAUCACUGUACUGAAAGCCGUGGAUGAAUGGGCAAUGCAGCAAUGCAUCCAUUUAGACAUUGAGCCAAACCUUUUUAACAAACGACAAAUUGUUGGCCCUGAGAUCAUGUCAAAAAUACGGUUUCUGGCCAUCACACCACAAGACUUUGUCACAUACUGUGAAUCUCGAAAGUCAUUCCUCAAUACAGAAGAAAUGUUUGCCAUACUUUGCUGGCUAACUAUUCCAAAGAGCCAAAAUCUCCCUGAUUGGGUGUGCCCCUUAUCAAUUUCAAGAGGGACAUCAAAGGCCUUCAGAUUAAAAAGAAGAAAAAACUUUUCGUUUGCUGUUCAGCAAAAUAGUUAUUUUACUGAAGCAUAUGCCCUCACUGGCCCAGCCAUGAAUUAUCAUGUAGGGGCUAAACAAUUUACAACUUUGCUUAAAGUUAGCAAACCAAUUGUACUUCAGGGUAUACAAGUACCUGCCCUAUGGUAUCCGCCCUUCCACCAGGAGCAAAACCGAACAUAUGAAGAAAUUUAUGAAAUUGAGAUUAUAGACAGUGAAAAUAAUUUACUCACAACUGCUACUGUAGUUUUAGAUGUGCAAUUUGCUUCAGUAGUGGACAUCGUGUUCAAAGAAGCUGUAACUCUUGACAGUUCUGUAGACUACAAAAUUAACAUAAGGACGUCAAAAAUGUACUUCCUCACCAAGGAAUUUCGUACCGCCGAGAUGGCCGAAAAGGUCAAAUUUACGUUUCAGGACAAAGUAAUUAUUCCUGAUAAAAGCUGCAGAAAUGAAGCUUUACAGAAUACCAUGCAUUGUGGCUUCAUUUUGCAAAUCGUGUUUUCUGUUUUUCUCUAAAGUGUAGAAUUAGUAUUUUGUUUUAGUGUUUGUAUGUUUAGGUCCCUUAGUUGUUCUUAUUUAUUUAUUUUUUGUGGGGACUUGCUGAAUAAGUAAUCCAAGUAUUCAUGAACAGUUUUUUUUUUUCUCUUGUAACAUGACCAUACAAAUAAUGUUAUGAGCUCGCAACCAUUUAUGCACAUGAUAAGUAAAAUGAAACAAUGUCCUGUAUAAUAUGAUAAGUCAAAAUGGCACCCAUUUAAGCAACUACUUACAGGAUUGUGGCAAGAGCGACCGUAUUUUAUAUAAGUCGUGACACUUUGGUUUAGCAAAGUGCCAUAGAAUCCUUAUGCAACAUUUUCUUAGCUUCAUGAUUCUUUGGUCCCUCUUAGGCAUAUUUAUUAUGUACAGUUUGUAAUUUAUUUGUCAAAGUCUACCUAGGUGGGAAACCACGUAAGAUUUCCAAAACACCAUUUUUAAAAAUUAAAUGUACUAGCUACUUAAUAUCUACUGGGUACUAACAAGGUGUUUAGCCCUAAUUCAUGAUUGAUGUAAGCAGCAUGUUGCAUACUACACGCAGAAUGGCAAUGCUCUCAGCUUGAGAGGGGACGGCUUUAUUCCAAGAAACCAUGUGUCAGUAGCACAUUCCAGAGAAGUUACAACCUUAGUUGUGGUUGCAUUGAGUUAUGGAGGGAUUUUUGAUGGGAGGUUCUGCCUGUAAUUAACAGCAAAUGACAAACUUAUGCAGCCAUAUUAAAGCUAUGUAAAAGGGUAGAUAAGACAAGUAUUAAUAAAAUGCUGCUCAAAAUUGUUA